CGAAGUCAUAAGCUCAGACGCCUUAGUCAAAGUCUGUCUCUACUUUGUUGCUUUGCAGGCUCUGAGCUCUCCAACAACGCGAGCCCCACAGCUCAGCCCAGGGGACACUUACACUGCGGGCGGGGAGCAGGCCACUAGAGGAUAAAACGCACCCCAAGAAACUGAGGGCUGAAGUGAAAAAGGAAAAAUGGUGGCCUCGCUUCUCGCUGUCCUACGAACAAGCAGGUUGUGUCAAUGGGGCUGCAAGAGCAGGGCGCAGCUGUUAGGGCCCCUGCCAUUUGGUCCCGGUGGCUGGAGCACUUGGGCCCCUGAGCGGAAAAACGCGACACUGAGCCUGGAGCCCGCGGGUCGCAGCUGCUGGGACGAGCCGCUGAGCAUCUCCCUGCGCGACCUGGCCCCCGAGCAGCCCGUCACGCUGCGCGCCGCCCUGCGCGACGAGAAAGGCGCGCUCUUCCGCUCACAGGCGCGCUACCGCGCCGACCCCCACGGAGAGCUGGACUUGGCGCGCGCGCCCGCGCUGGGCGGCAGCUUCGCGGGGCUCGAGCCCAUGGGGCUGUUCUGGGCCAUGGAGCCCGAUCGGCCUUUCUGGCGCCUGAUCAAGCGAGACGUGCAGACGCCCUUCGUGGUGGAGCUGGAGGUGCUGGACGGCCACGAGCCCGACGGCGGGCGGCUGCUGGCGCGGGCGGUGCACGAGCGUCACUUCAUGGCUCCCGGGGUGCUGCGCGUGCCCGUGCGCGAGGGCCGUGUGCGCGCCACGCUCUUCCUGCCUCCAGGAACUGGACCCUUUCCUGGGAUCAUAGACCUUUUUGGAGUUGGAGGUGGCCUUCUGGAGUAUCGAGCAAGUCUGUUGGCUGGGAAGGGUUUUGCUGUCAUGGCUCUGGCUUAUUAUAACUACGAUGACCUCCCCAAGGACAUGGAUAUCUUUCACCUGGAGUACUUUGAGGAAGCUGUGAACUACCUGCUCAGUCACCCUCAGGUAAAAGGUCCAGGAAUUGGGAUUCUUGGGAUUUCCAAAGGGGGUGAACUUGGCCUUGCUAUGGCCUCCUUCCUAAAGGGCAUCAAGGCUGCUGUCUUCAUCAAUGGCUCUGUGGCCGCUGUUGGGAACACCAUAAACUACAAGAAUGAGACUAUCCCUCCUUUGUCUCUUCUGAGAGAUCGAGCCAAAAUGACCAAAGAUGGCAUCUUGGAUGUUGUGGAAAUACUUCAAAGCCCUUUGGUAGAGACGAAGAGCAUCAUCCCUGUGGAAAGGUCUGACACCACCUUCCUGUUCCUUGUGGGUCAGGAUGACCGCAACUGGAAGAGCGAGUUCUAUGCCAAUGAGAUUUCCAAACGCUUACAGGCCCAUGGGAAGGAGAAGCCUCAGAUCAUCUGCUACCCAGAAGCGGGGCACUAUAUUGAGCUCCCUUAUUUCCCCCUGUACAAGGCUGGCAUGAAUAUCAUUGUGGGUGCUAAUAUCAACAAUGGGGGGCAGCCUAAGCCUCAUGCCAUGGCCCAGGUCAAUGUCUGGCAGCAACUCCAGACUUUCUUCCACAAACAUUUGGAUGCUGAAGAGAGGAUAUUCCAGCAAAACUGUGAUUUUUAUUUAAGUUUUAUUUAACAUCUGUAAGGCAGGUCUCUCCUGGGAAUAGCCUCCACUGUGUGUGUGUGUUUAUCUUUUAUAUAAAUGUAGAGGUUCUCCCCCCAUUUUUUUUAUCAGUCUGGGAAGGGAGUGAUUGUGCAGAAAAUGUAAGGUGUGGCAAAGCUGAUCUCUCCGUGGCUCAGUCUCAGGUGACAGGAGCUGCAGCUCUGAGAGAAAGGCUGAGUCACCAUUUCUGGAGCUCAGUAAUCAUUUGCUAAAGGGCUGAUCAAAAAAUAAAUGACUACCUACUGUUUAAACAAGCAUCAACAGGGGCUGGAAGAUGACUCAGUACGUACUGCUCUCAUAGGUACUAAGUUUGGUUCCCAGGGCCCGAACCAUGCAGCUCACAGCUGAGUGUAACUCCAGCUCCAAGAGACCCAGAGCUUUCUUCUGAUCUCCUUGAGGACCUGAGGACCUGUACACACACACACACACACACACACGCACACUCCACACCACAAAAAAUACAUGGUUUGAAAGCAUAAACAAUGGUCUUAGUCUGUGUUGGCUCUAUCUUGUGGAUCCCACUGACUGAAGAUUCAUCCAUGUGAACCUUUCAUGUCGUCACCUCUGCACAGUACUCCUCAAUCCCUAAGACAACAUCAAUGCUGUAGUGCACAUUCUAAGUAAUCUACAAGUAGAUACUAUUCUGUAUGAGACAUGUUAGCCACUGCAGAUUUGGCAUCUGUAGUGACCCCAGCAGUUCCUUAUCAAUACCUGAUAACAGAUGUGUGUUUCUUCUUGUAGGAUCUUAGUACUGCUGUGGUCCAGCCUCAGCCUGGUCAGGUCCUGAGACAGGGAAGGGGCGUCAGCACAAAGAAAUGAAAUGUCCAACCAAGUUUCACACAAGUGGCCGGCCCUGAAAGCUCACGCUAUCUUUAUUUAUUUUUCAAAAACAAACAUGUUUUCCCACCCUCCAUGAUUCACCUCCAGAAAAAAAUCCAAAUAAAUUUUCCAUAUUUUCCAUCAAAAUACUUUCAGCCAGGAAACAAUGAUCAGGAUUUUGUUAGUUUGGCCAAAUAUUGAGCAGACACAUCUUGUCCUUACAAGGCUAAAAGGCAAUAGGUACACAUCAAAGGACACAGGCACACAUUUUCAAGAACUACAAUAUAAUUCAAAGCUUAACAAAGUAUAUUUACCGAAAUACGGUGCUUUCCCAUAAGGUGCUUGCAUCCAGUAGAUUGUCUUUUUCUAACUGUUCCCUUGGCCUAAUAAAUGGUCCUGCAUGCCUAAGCCUCUCUAUGAGGAACCUGAGAACCAUCAGUUCCCACAGAAUUUUAGGAGAAAAUGUUGGAGAAAAGAAACGGGGU